GUUCUUCAUGGCAUGAGCCAGCCGCCAUGAUAGGAUGAAAAUGGUGCGUGCUGAAAGUCAUAUCUGCGAAGCUAAUUGGAACACUUUAACCUCAGUUAUUUCUCUGAAACUGUCAGACGGAGUUACUUUCAGUGUUAUUAGUGCACUCGACGUUGAAAAUUGUGAACUUUACGGCGUAAAGUGACGAUUUCUAUGCAAGAGAUUGACGCAAAUGGAUGUUUUCAGUACAAGGACGUGUCCCGGUCACGUGGUUUUGUGGUAUUUUUGCGGGUUUUCGUAUCGUUGAUUAAGAAGCGCUUUCGUAAUUCUCUAUGCCUUCAGAAUUUGGUCUGUGAUUUGUGGGACACAUUUGUGCUGUUUGUGUUCUGUAGCUACUGCAGGAGAUCUGCUGUUCGACACAUGGCAAAGCGUUCGCAUGCAAAUUCGAUGCGAGGGAAAUAAUCGAAGUCACGUGCUUACAGACGAUGAGGAACAUGUCGAUACAAUGAAAAUUCCCAUAAUGACAUAAAUUUCUAUCUGAAAUGUUUUAACAGUUUUUAUAUGCACAAUUGGACGACCUGUUGUUUUCGUGUGUGCGGUGGAAUGUGUUUUUCUGCUGUUAUAUUUUUAUGUCGGGCCCACUGCCACUGAGGCUAUGCUGCAUGGCCGCGAUGGCUCCCGCGCUGACUGAGGCGGCUACACAGGCGAAGAUUAAAUUGCCCGACACCAGCAGUGCGGCGUCAGUAGAGUCCCCAGUUGUUAACGGACGGGAUUUUCACCAACCUGCACGCAGUAAUUCACUGAGUAAAUCAGAGAAGAGUCCUUGUGUUGUGAAAUUACCACAGGUUGUAAAGUCCCAGGGAGUCCUGGCGACUGGUUCUGUAUCGCACCUGAACGGGGAUCUCAGAUUACUGGCGUCACAGAAGUCAGCAACAACUGUUGGCAAACUCAGUACAGUCAAAGUAUCUGGAAGAUUUAAAGAUCUCAUCGCCGGCCGAACCAGCUCCUUUCAGAACGAGGUGAUCAAAACACUUGGUUAUAACGGAAAGCUAGUGCAAAGAAUGAAUGAUCCAUCGUCUGGACUAAGAAAUGAGGAAGCCGAAAAUUGUCGCAGGCAAUCACAAAAUGGGUCAAACAGACUGCCUUAUGGCGACACAUUUAUGACGGAUUUGAUGGGAGGCAAACAGCAAACAGAACUUACUAGUGGUCAGGCUAAUCAGAUUGGGGCGACAAAAAAUAUGUGCAAGGGUACGCAAGAGGGAGGUAGGCUUAAGAGCAGCAGGAACAAUGCCACCCGCGAGACCGGCGGGCAGCAUGCCCAGAGACCGAACGCACCCUCGGCAUCUGCAACAUCAGAUGCGGCUCAUGGGCAGGGCUUAUCGAUUUACUCUUUCGUAGAUAGUGUCGAAAGUGAUGCUAAUGUGGAAAAAAUGCGCGCUGAGGCCAGCAAGAAACAGGCACAGUUGGAAAGACGAAUGGAGUUCCUCUUGCGUCGUUUACGUAGGGUUCAAGGUCGACAAAUGGAAGGUCAUGUGCGACAUCAACUCAGGCACUUCGUUGCCUACCAGCAAAACAACCUCCAGACUGUUACAAAACCGAUUAAUCCGUCCAGUUUUACGAACGAUGGGAGCGGGGAUCUCAAAGCAGAACUGUGCAGUGAUGACGCGAAAAACUUGUCGACCGCUGCUCUGGUCGACUUGGUACAUAGGAUGCAAGCUUCUCAGGCCGUGCCAGCCUCCAGCACGCGUCCCGUGCCUUCCGUCAAGCCCGAGGUGACAAAUGUAUUGACGAUGGCAGACGAUGUCCGCAGAGAGACAAGAGUGACUGCUGAAAAGUUCCUUAUGAAUCUCCACUUCAUGCAGUCAGCUUUGGACUCUGAUGCCACAGAGAGCAGCUCAGGGGGGGAGAGCUGUGAGGAGGAUGAGGUAGCAGGUCAUCAUCCUACUUCUGCACCACUGGUGCGGAGAGCUGAGUGGAAAUGGGCAGUGGAGCGUGCAGCGGUCGCUUCCCGAUGGACGUGGCUACAGGCCCAAGUGUCUGACCUGGAGUAUCGCAUUCGCCAGCAAAGUGACAUCUAUAAACAGAUUCGUCUUGCCAAGGGACCUGUAAACCUAGGAGAUCCUCCCACACCUCAGGACCUCCUGCAGCAUGUUCACCGAAACUCCAUAGAAACCCGAAUACCUGUCAGUGCGGCAUCUUUGCCCUCUAGUGGCACAGAAGUGUCUCCAUGCAAUGUGUCGGCUGUGAUGUCCAAUGUUGAUAGGCAAGCCAGCCGACUAACUCAGUCUCUAGGAAACUGUUUGUCACCAGCUACAUUGAGCCCAACUUCCUCCAUGAGUAGUUCCCGCCCAAGGUCCACAGUUUCUUCACCGCCUCUGACACAAAAUGGUUUUGUUGAGUCUCCUUUUAGCACCAGUGGAGGUGAGACAGACACCGCUGAAAGCAGCCCUCUUGGACAGUCUAGUGAUCAGCAUCUGUCUGCUGCAGUAGUAGAUUUGAGUCCUGUCUUGGAUCCUACCUGCCGGGCAGCGCGUUGUUUGCCUCUGAAGCAUCCUUUGCGGAAACGUAAAUUGUUGAGGACUAGUGGUUUGCAUUUAAUGUCUCGUAAGGCUGCACGCUUGUCUACAAUCAAAUGCCACUGUCAUCAUCCAGUGAUGCCGUGUGUGGUGUGUAGCGGACGUGUAAACAACAUGCAGCCUUUGGAACCAGACUACAUGCCUUUUCGAGAGCGUGUUGCACUUCUUGACUCAUCUUACCACCAUGUUCUUUCAUUUCCUGAAGAUGUUCCACUUUCUGUUCACUUUGAGGGUUUGUUGCGAUCUGGUGAGUGGCAGAACAAACCUCAAGUCCGUCGCCAUAGAACAGAAUACAGACGUCAGAAAUGUUUGCCAAGCACAGCAGACAACAGGAAGACCGGGCGACAGUUUAGAAAGAGUGCUGCCUCUGUGAUCAUCUCAUCAGCCAAAAUCCGCAGCAAAUAUGAACACAAAACAGGACGAAAGGGGCCACCAGCUCGAGGGAAGAGGCUUGGAAAGCGAGCCAUGAACGCUGAGCUGAAACGCCGCAGGGCUGCACAGUUUGCAGCCAUGGCAAUGAAGAACAAGAGCAAUAAGACACCUAGCGAGACUGCUAGCAAUUACUACGACACUCCAGCAGCCUCACCUCUGUCGCGUGAUCAGCUUUCAGCCAGUUGCCCUGGUUCAACCAUGAAAGAAGUCAAAGAAGUCCGAAAACGUCGCGGAGAAAGUGCCUAUGACAUCAACAAUAUUGUCAUUCCAUUCAGCAUGGCUUCUUCAAUCCGUGUGGAGAAACUACAGUACAAAGAGAUUGUGACCCCUAAGUGGCGAGAUCUGACUUUAGACGAGAUCCCAGCAGAAAUCAUCAAAGUUGAAGAUCACGAACACAAGUCAAAUGGACUCAUUGCGAAAAAAUCUCCUGAUGAAGAGAUUGAAGACAUGUCAGAUGAGGUCUACAUUGAACGACACAAGGUGUGCGAGACAGAGGAAAAGAAGCGGUUUUCCACCAUUGUAAAAUACCCACCAUCGCGCAGGGGCCGUGGCCGCUCUAGCAUUGGGCUACAGUCAUCUGAAAUCAGCAGUCAAGACUUCCUUGUUCCAUCAAGUUCUGACAUUGGCUGUCAGCCAGUGUCGAUGGGAACUCAAGCCAGCCUGGAUGCUGGAGAACUCACAGGGGAAGAGUCACAGGAUAUGCGAAACAGCAGAUGCAGCACACCCAUUCCACAGGGAUCCAUCCCCACUUUUCAUCUGCCCUCCAAUCAGCAGGAUGAGGACAGCAUGAGCUGCACAUAUGGUGGGUUAUCUGUCCGCCAAGGGCCUAUUACCAGUACUGCUAUACGAGAGCGGCUGAGUGUCAGCUCCAACCUGGAAGACUUUGGUACAGAUUACAUUGAUACCAGAGAUAUUCGGGGCACGGAACCUUGGCCGCUUCGCGAGUUCCCACUGACAGAUGAAGAAGUCGAGCAGCUGUAUAUGGAGGACAUGGCACACUCCUACAGCCUUCGACCAUCGGCCAGCGUUGCAGUGGAAAACAUGAGCAGAGCUGAAUCAUCUGCCUCGGGAAGUCAGCCAGCAUCACCCGUACCAUCUAGUACAUCUGCAUCAGCCCUGGGAGACAACGAUGCAGCUGACCCAGAAUGGGUUGCAGAAGGAGAUCCACCCAGAAAGUUGCAGAAGCUAGCAAAGAGAUGAGCAAAGUUUGCACCAUUUGUUGGUUUACCUUGGUACAGCUCUACAGCAGCUAAUGUAUGCAAAUGAGCAUAAAUCCACAUGAAAUUCACUCUCCCCUAGAGUUGGAUGUGACCCAGAUUCUUGCCCCAACUGGAAGUUAGUGUUCGGGUGGAAUGAGCCGAGCUAACCGGCCUAUGACAUUCAUAGCCAGGUUACAGAGGAAGCAAGGAAGAGCUACUCUUGUGCAAUUAUAGCAAAGCAUCCACACUGCUGUUAUCAUGUGGUACUUAAAAAAAAGAGUGAGCCUUUUAUACAGCUGUGGGCGCACACAACAACUGACAGAUUCACUGAAAUUGUCAGCAACAGAUUUCAUUAUCAUCUGUUCCAUGUUGCAUGGAUGUUGAAAAGCCCACUUGACAGAAACAGACUGUGACUGUGGAAGUGAAAUGAGCACUGCCUUUAUUUGUGUGUGUGGGCGUGUGUUUUAAGCUGUUUAAUUCAGUUUAAACAGUGCAGGUCUGAUAACAAAAGAGAUGAAAAAUUAUCUGUUUAAGGGUUCAUCUUUAAAAUUUCUAUUGCGAGUGAAACUCAGAUCUUACGGGCAGGCAGUGUUUUUUAACUUUAUCUCUUGUCAAGUGUUUAUCCUGCAUGUCCAUUGCUCCAGCAAACUAUUCACAUUAAAGAAUUUUACAGUCCCAUUAAAAAUAAAAGGGGGGAGGGACUAAGUUUAACAAGUCAGGUUUUCAGUUGCUAAUUACAAUUCUUUAUUUACGAGGGGUAAAAUAAGCAACUGAGCGCUUUUUUCCAUUUAGCCCUCGCCCUUUACAGGGAAUGAAAUUAACUAAAUAAAUGAAUUAAUUAAGCAUUAUAGAAAAAAUUGAAUAAACAUAAAGAAGGGUGGAUAUUUACAAGAUGGUGGUUAAGAAUAUAUAUUUACAAGGUCACCUGGAGUUGGGAGGAAUCUAUAGAGGCCUCAUCUUGUAAGUGUUUAAUUAGAUGGCGUCGAAAGCAGUUCAGGGAGUGCAAUUGCUUGAGAUGGAGAGGGAGGCUGUUCCAAAGCACACUUCCUGAGAAUUUCAGACUUGAUUUGAUUUGAUUUAAUGUCUGUCAAAUUACCCCUGAUCAAGACAUUUAUACACUAAGCAGUAGAUUUAUUUUUCCCUAAGAAUGUUUUUUUAUUUUAAAAACAAAACGAAUGUUUCAAAAAUGAAUAUUUUCAAGAUUAACAUGCCUAGACUGGCACCUCCUUAGACAAUAUGUUUCCUCGUGGCUUUUCGUCAUCUUCUUUUGUGUUAAUAGGCUUUGUACGUCUUCAUUUGAUGUUUCUUAGGGUUGGGAGUGUGUACAUAAAGCUUUGUCUUUAGAGAUUUGUGAGGGAAAGAGUAAGUUUGAUUUUUAAGCUGGUUAGGUUUGAAGCAAGCAAUUUGAGAGGUUUCAGCUGCAGAACAUUACAGGUAGUCCUCGACUUACGACGGGGAUCCGUUCUCAACGCGGCGUCGUAAACCGAAUUUCGACGUAAGUCGGAUCAUACGUUCAUACAGUGCUGUACCAUAAUAACAGUACAGUACUACAAAC